AUGAUAAUGAUGAUGGGCCGUGUGAUGUGUGUGUUGGCCGUUGUGCUGUGCUGCGCCUGCGGGUAUACCAUGACGGCUGCUGCUGUUGUUGAUAAUGACAGUCCCAGUGGCCGUGGUGUAUCCCGUGGGGCUGUGGAGGUGUCGUGCGGGGCCGGCGGUGCGCUGCGUGUACGCCCCGCUGCUGAGAGCGAGUGGCUUACAUGCGGUGCGGGCAGCCGUGUGUCUGCAUGUGGGAAGUUCGCAGACCUCUGCCGCCAGCGUACCGCAAGGGUAAAGUAUUACGCAGCUACAACAGCGGCUGCUGAUCCAAACGAUUCCUCUUCUGAAUCUGAAAACCCAGUUGAUGCCUCCUCUGAAUCUGAAAAACCAGUUGAUGGCUCCUCUGAAUCUGAAAAGUCAGGUGGUGCCUCCUCUGAGUCUGGUAAAGCAUAUGGUUCUUCUGAAUCUGAAAAGUCAGUUGGUGCCUCCUCUGAGUCUGGUAAAGUAUAUGGUUCUUCUGAAUCUGAAAACCCAUUUGGUGCCUCCUCUGAGUCUGGUAAUGCAUAUGGCUCUUCUGAAUCUGAAAAGCCUGUUGAUGGCUCCUCUGAUUCUGGUAAUGGGUAUGGUUCGUCUGAAUCUGAAAAGUCAGGUGGUGCCUCCUCU